GUAAGCUUACAGAUAAUACGUUUUCAGAUUUCACUUAAAUGCGUAUUGAAUUCGUUUUAAGCUCUUGAAAUAUUUCAAGGCGAAAGAAAACCCUUACAUAUGUAUGCGGGUAGACUACCCUGCAUACAUACAGCUACGGUUAUAGCUACAGCCAAUGCUCAAUUGUCAUACUAAUGUUAUUAGUAUUUGAUUUAUGAUGAGGUUAUUGUUUUUUCGUUUUAUCUUCAAGUUGUCGUUUAUAAACACAUAAACGUAUUAUGGAUUUUUCCGGAUUUCUUUUAAUAUUUGGAAUCGUGAUAAUAUUGUUGAGAUCGAAAAAAUUUUAUACAUGGAUUUCUUUAAGAUUAAAAUUAAAUGCACAGAAAAGGGUAAAAUAUAAUGCUAAGGACCAUGAUCCUGAGUCGGCUCGAAUUGAUGGGAACGGUCGUUGUUAUCCUAACUGUGAUUCGACCGUUUGGCUUCGUUCUUGCCGAGAGGAGAUUAUUGAACCGAUUGAGGGUCAUGUUAUAGGAAAAAUACCCGACUGGAUAAAGGGCAGUUUGUUGCGGAACGGUCCCGGUAAUUGGAAAGUCGGCGAUAUGAGUUUUCAACAUUUAUUUGACUGUUCGGCUUUAAUCCAUCGUUUUGCUAUUAAAAAUGGUCAUGUUACUUAUCAAAAUCGUUUUGUACAAACAAAUACGUUAAAAAAGAAUUUAGCUGCUCAGCGUAUUGUGGUAACAGAAUUCGGUACAUCCUCAGUGCCAGAUCCCUGUCAUUCUAUAUUCGAGAAAGUCGGAGCAAUAUUUCGAGCUGAUAACGGUUCGGAUAACACGAUGAUCUCUAUAUAUCCCUUUGGCGAUGAAUUUUAUACAUUCACGGAAGCUCCCUUUAUACAUAGAAUCAAUCCGCGAACUUUGGCGACUGAGGAUCGUGUAUGUAUAAGCGAUUAUGCCGGGGUUGUUAAUCACACUUCGCAUCCCCAUGUCAUGCCCAAUGGAACGGUUUAUAAUUUGGGCAUGGCUUCAACGAAAUCUGGGCCGGUUUAUAAUGUUAUUUGCUUCCCUCGUGGUGAUAGUAUGUUUGAAGAAGCUCGUGUAGUAGCUAGCAUACCUUGCCGCUGGAAAUUAAAUCCUUCUUAUAUGCAUACUUUUGGUAUAACUGAAAACUAUUUCAUUAUUGUUGAGCAGCCUUUAACAAUAUCUGUAAUGGAAUAUCUUAAGGCGCAUUUUUGUAAUCACAAUUUAUCGGCCUGUUUAAAAUGGUUCGAUAAUAAACCGGUUUUAUUUCACGUAAUAGAUCGCAAUACCGGCCAACUAAGAUAUACGUUUCAUUCCGAGACAUUUUUCUAUUUACACAUCAUUAACCAAUACGAGCAAGAUGAUCAUAUUGUUAUCGAUAUUUGUUGUUAUAAGGAUCCAGAAAUGAUAAAUUGCAUGUACUUGGAAUCAAUGACGAAUAUGCAAUCGAAUCCAAAUUAUGCCGCCUUAUUUCGAAGUAGACCUCUCCGAUUUGUUUUGCCUGUAAUCAAAAGCGUAAGCCUAGCAUCGCGUAGUAGUAAGCAAAAAUCAAGCAAUCGCCAAAGAUUAAUAAGAUCAAUAACUUUAAUGAAUAUUACAAAUCGACUGCAACAGCCAAGAAUAAAGCAGUCCGAGUCUCAGUACGCGGACAUAACAUUCUUGACUACGAGUAAUAAAUUGAAUUAUUCCCUAACAAACAGUGACGAGGCGGAAGAACCAAACGACUAUAAAGUAGACUCUCCCGUGAAUAUGGUGGGUUUGAAAAAAAGUCGAGCGCAAGCUUUUCAAUUAAGUGACGGACGAGUUUUUGUUAAACCCGAAUUAUUAUGUGAGAUGGGUUGUGAAACUCCUCGUAUACAUUACGAAAAUUAUCUUGGCAAGCCCUAUCGUUAUUUUUACGCCAUAUCGUCCGAUGUGGAUGCUGAAAAUCCGGGAACACUUAUAAAGGUUGAUGUGCUUAAUAAAACCUGCAAGCAGUGGUGUGAAUCGGAUUGUUAUCCUAGUGAGCCGAUAUUUGUACCUGCGCCUAAUAAGUCCGGCGAAAUUCGGAAAGAAGAUGACGGUGUGGUGUUAGCUUCGAUGGUCUGGGGAGGGUUCAACGAGAACAAAGUUGGUUUGUUAGUAUUGUGUGCCCGAACUUGGACUGAAAUAGGGCGUUGCGUUUUUCAUACUUCUGGUCCGGUACCGAAAUGUUUGCAUGGUUGGUUUGCCCGCGAUAUAGUGUAAAAAAAAUUGCCUUACUUUCGCUUAUUUCAUUGUAUAUAUUUUUAUUU